UGCACCCAAGGCUUGGCCCAGCCAGGCAGGCAGCUGGCAGGCAGCUAUCAGGCACUGUUGACCUGCAUGUCCAAGAUUACAGCAGUCAGUCGGCUGCCAUCCUGACUCUGUCUCUCCCCUGCCCUUCGAACAUACUACUAUCCUACUAUCCCCUCCGUCCCAUGUUGCUGCUGUUUGUUUGAUGUUUCCCAGCCCACCACCCGCCGACCCGCUCCAACACCACCACUUCCGAGGUUCCAGUUGGAUCCUGGGCCGGCCGACGAAGGGUCACUGUUGUGCCUUGUCCUUGUCUCGUCAACACGAGUGCACAUGCGCACAUACGUGCCUAGGAACACCAGACCCAGACCCGUCCAUCGCACCACACUGACCGACCCCGUCCGCAACCUGCCCCAGCUCGCGACCCGCCACCCGCAACCCGCAACCCGCGACCCCGCAACGACAGGGCCAGGCUGAUGUGAGCGACGCCAUUCCCCACCGCCGUCGCCGUCGCCGUCGCCAUGGCCACCGCCCCAGCCCCGGAGCCCAAGCCCAACCCCACGCCCGCGCCGAACCCUGCCGUCGACGCCAACGGCUUCUAUGGCUAUCUCUACGAGGCCAACAAGACCCCGACCCAGGUUCUUGACGCCCUCUUGCGCGCCAUCGCGCUCUACAUCAUCAACAACGUCGGCGACAAGCAAGACCAGAACCUGAGCCCCAACAAGCUUGCCGCCUUUUACAAGGCAGUCGGCGGCGACUAUGACCGGCUCUUCGUGAAUGCCCCAAACGAGUCCAUAUCCUUCAUCUGGCAGGUCUUUGGCUGUCAGCAUACUCUCCAGCCCACCGACAACGACUAUGAGGCCCCAACCGUGCCGUCUCUGACCCCGAAGGGCUUUGUCCGCUGGCAGUCCAUCCAGAUCCUGCUCGAGCCCGAGGAGCAUGUGCCAUACAUGAUGUUCGCAGUCAACAACUGGGGCCUGAAGCAUCCCGACACCGGCGAGCUGUUCCCCAGGGAUAUCUCUGCUGCCUCCUUCCCUUCCGCCCCGGAUCCCGACAUCACCGCAUGGCAUGCAGCCUGCGGCGAGAAGCUGCGCAAGGAGGCAACCCCCAAGGCGUCGCCAAGGCCGACAUUCCCCUCUGCAGCUGAUCGCAUGAAGGACGCGUACUCUCACGUCCCAGCCCCAGAAUCAGCAGGCGGCCCGCCUGCCCGGCCGAGGCCGGCGAACCUCGCAUCAGAUUACUUCAACCACCGCCCCCCGUUCUUCACGCACGUCAGCCCGGGCCAUACAUCACGGUAUCCGAGGGGCGCUGCUCUGCGCGUGUCUCCCGAAAGGGUGGAGCGGCCCAGGAGGAAUGGCUCUUCGGCAGAGGACAUGGCUCGGGAAGACCGCGCGCGGCGGCGUUCCUUCUCGGACUAUCCAUCCCCCCAGGAGCAGUUCUCGUCUGCCCAUCUGAAUCCUGGAAGGGCCGUCCCGCCGAGACGCCACUCCCACCCCCGACGGGGCUUCAGCAGCGAUGAUUCGGGGUCCGAGGCCGAUCUGAGCCCCAGGUCGAGACGGAGUUCUGGUCACCAUGCUCCUCCAGCCCGUGGUCCCAAGGUCGCGACACGCUAUGCGCACGUCGCGGACGCGGCCGCCGCCCCCUCUCCGGGCACCCCGACGCCCGUAACAGGCGCGUCGCCCGCAGUUCAAGUGCCUAGCCUCAGGGCGGACCGGGCAGAUGGCGGGGCCAAGCUCCGACCUGAUGGUCGAGACUCUCCGGUCUCGGCCGGCAGGAGGAAAAGUGCGGCGCCGUUCGAAGGGGCCAAGGACUGGGCCAAGGACAAGAUUGACAAGUUCUCCACCAUACUACCAAUAGUCUCGGACAAACCGCCCCGGCGUAACAUAAACAGCAGCGGAAGCGGUACAAUACCCAUCGACCGCAUCGACCGACUUUCAAAGGACAGUCUUCCAGGUGCUUCGAAAGUGAGCCACCGCAGUUGGUCGUACGACGAUCAGAGUGCCUCCGACUCGGAAGAGCGUGAUCAGCGUCGGAGGCGAAGACUCCGGGAUCGCGAACGUGAGCGCCGGGACCGCGAGAGGGAUGCGUAUGAACGCGACCGGGACAGGCCGCCCCGUCGGAGCCGGGACGCCCCACCAGACUGGGACGAGCUUGACCCGAGGGACAAGCCGCGGAGCAGGAAGGAGAAGGAGGCGAGGUAUCUGCGCAGGCCGGAGAACCCGCGGAGGACGAGCAGCCAUGCUGACGUGGACAGAUACAGGCAUGAUGCGUUUGACCUGCGGGAUCGAGAGAGGUAUGGCGUUGAGAGGGACAGGAGGCGGAGGGGAGUGACCGGGUACGAGAACAGGGAGCGGGACCGGGACAGGGAGCGGGACCGGGACCGGGACAGAGACCGGGACAGGGAGCGGGACAGGGACAGGGAGAGGGAGAGGGAGAGAGACAGGGAUAGGGAAAGGGAAAGGGCAGCGAGCCCGGAGAUCAAAGGCGUCAGUGGCCGGAGGUAUCCUACAGAACCCGCCUGGGUCCAAGAUGAAUGAGGUGAGCGCUAAGGUCAACACGACACGGACACGAACAGCCCAGGCAUAGAAACGAAGCGGGUGACGAGUCAUAAUCAUUACGAUCGACGACGACGACGACCAUGAAUGACGAGCUAUGGGGGACGAUGUAGCAAGGAGUCUCGCAGUGUGCUGCUAUAAUUGGGUUAUCAGGCAUAUAAAGUGUUGGAGAUUUGUUUCCCUUUUUCUUUGUGGGUGUUGGUAGCGUCGGAACUUGUAUGCGACAAAGAUACCUUUCUCUUUUCGAGACGCCUGUGAGAGGCGUGUACGCAUCCUAGCGUUUGUUGGGCAUUGGUGGACAUAAGCUGUCUGUUGACCGUUUGCAUAGAUGCUACUUAUUCCUUCCCCCUUAGCCAGUCAGUCGGUGGCCUUACUACGUUUGACGGCCGCAAUGUAUGCCUGUGUGCGUAGGUGUAAUCCACUCGCUGUCUGACUGACGUCUUGACUUGUGUUCACAUGGAAUUGCACCAAAAAGUGCUCUAGUCUGGUCACAAUCCCGAAGCUGCCCAUACCGGCACCAACAAGCCCUCCUGAAGCCCUAAUUCGCCCUCGCGGCUCCGGCACUCUUCGCGGCUGCCGGCGUGCUGAGCUGACGGCCAGGUUGUGCGGGAUCGAUUGGGCCGCUGGCAGGCUGUUGGGCUGCGAGGGCAUCAGGUGCCCAAGUAUAUAUGUAUGCUGAUGGGGAUUCAUACAGGAUACGUCAACCCAGCAGACUGGAAUGCGACGGGACUUGUCAAGCACAUGCAGCCGCUGGCUGGCACGGCUGGCACGGGCGGCUAGCAUUAUCAGGGCAAGCGGCUCAGCGGAAGCCUUGCGCGGACCGAAAGCGGCAGCGAAGACGCGUUGUCUCUGGGCCGGGAAGCGCGACUGACCAUGCGGGCGGCCCUCGUAUCCAAGGCUCCCAUGGGCAUGGGCGGCGUCCAGUGUGCUGGUGCGACAGGCAUCAAUCAGGUGGGCAAAAGUAGAGGGCGGCAUGAACGGCGGCCCGGGGAGGGUGGGGAAGACACGGCAUGAGGUUGGGACAGGCAGCGAUUGGACCAGGGGCGACGGACCAGCGACGGAGGCGAGAUGAGAAAAGGAGCCGGAGGAAUGUGAGUUGAAUGGGCCGCAACGAAGGGCCGGCGGGGGAGCCGGGCCUUGUUUGUGAAGAGGCUGCAAAGGGCCGUGGUGAGAUCUCAUUCGGCCACGGUUCUGCUGGCUUGGGGGCCGCUGGGACGGCGGCCACGGCGGCCAUGGCGGCCACGACGGCCACGGCCCCACCCUGGUGUGCGCUGGUUGUUCUGUCGUGCUGUCGUGCUGUCUGUCGUGCUGCGGGCGACGUCGACGGCGACGGUGUGCGUGUGGGCGGCCGAGCUGGUCCUGUCACGGGGCGGGCAAUGGUCAUUUGGUCACUUGGGCGUCCGUCCAGC